AUGUAUCCCGACAACUUCACUGGCUGCAAAAGCUAUCUCAGUGCAUACCAGGCGGCCUGGCGGUUUGAUUGUCUAGGACUCACACGUGCACAUUCCAAGCGUCUGACUGUGUCCUACAGCAAGAGCAGCGGCCCUGGAGGUCAGCACGUUAAUAAAGUCAGCACUAAAGCAGAGGUCCGAUUUCACGUGCACACAGCCGACUGGAUCCCUGAAGACGUUCGACAGAAAAUUGUAGAAAAGAACAAAAACCGCAUCAAUAAGGCCGGGGAGCUCCUGGUGACCUCGGAGGUGAGCAGGAGUCAGCAGAGAAACCUCUUGGACUGUCUACAGAAGAUCUCCGCCAUCGUAGCUGAGGCUAGCGAGAGACGUCGCGAACCGUCAGACGAAGACGUAGCUCUACGAGCAGCCAGGAUUGAGAAGAGGAACAAAGAGCGACUCAGACAGAAGAAAAUCCUUUCAUCAGUCAAGAACAGCCGACGAGUGGAUUUCGACUGACGAUGCAAUAUUGAGCGAUCGUUUUGUAAUUCACACUCAUCGACCACUUUGUUUUGUGCAUAUAAGGCAUCUAGAUGUGAAAAGGAAACGUAUAGAAGUUCACAGUAGGCAUCAGAAUGGGCAAGAACGGGGAUUUAAGUGACUUUGACCGUGGCAGGAUUGUUGGAGCCAGACGUACCGGUCUCAGUAUUUCAGAAACCGCCGAGUUGCUGGGCUUUUCACGCACAACCAUCUCCCGGGUCUACAGAGAAUGGUCUGAGAAGAGGAAGAUGUCUAGCACGCGACAGUCUUGCGGGCGGAAAUGCCUCGUCGACGUCAGGGGCCAGAUGAAAAUGGACCGACUCAUUAGAGACGAUAGGAAGGCGACGGUAGCUCAGAUAACGACCCGCUACAACGAAGGCGUGCAGAAUACCAUCUCUGAACGCACGGCACGCCGAACUUUGAAACAGAUGGGCUACAGCAACAGGAGACCACACCGGGGGCCAGUCUUGACGGCAAAGAACAGGAAGCUACGGCUACAGUUCGCACAGGCUCACCAGAAGUGGACAGUAGCAGAUUGGAAAAACGUUGCCUGGUCCAGCGAGACCCGAUUUCAGCUGCAGCAGUCAGACGGUCGGAUUAAAAUUUGGCAUGAGCGACAAGAAAGCCUAGAUCCGUCCUCCGUGGGAUCACCGGUUCAGACUGCUGGUGGUGGUGUAAUGGUGUGGGCGAUGUUUUCUUGGCACAAAUUGGGUCCUUUAGUGCCAAUUGAGCAUAAUUUAAACACAGCAGACUACCUCCGUCUUGUUGCAGACCAUGUCCGUCCCUUUAUGACCGCGGUGUACCAGUCUGCCGAUGGCUACUUCCAGCAGGGGAAUGCGCCACAUCAUAACGCCGAAGUCAUCUCAAGCUGGUUUCUUGAGCAUAAAAGCGAGUUUGGUGUACUCCAGUUGCCUCCACAGUCAACGGAUAUCAAUCCGAUAGAGCACCUGUGGGAUGCGGUGGAGCGAGAGAUUCGCAUUAUGGAUCCUCAGCCGACAAAUCUGCAGCAGCUGAGUGACGCCAUCACGCACGUGUGGAGCAAAACCUCCAAAGAAUGUUUCAGACAUGCUGUUGAGUCUAUGACACAGAGGAUUGAUGCGGUUCUGAAGGCGAACGGGGGUCCAACUAGGUACUAGCAAGGUGCUACAAGUAAAAUAGAAUGUCAUCUUGUGUUUUCCAGUUGCACAAAGAAAUUCUGUACCAAUAAUUUUCUGAAUAACCAUUUGAAAUCAAACUUGGAUUUUUUUUUUUCAUUGUUUAAUGUUUGAUUGUGCUACUGUAAUAAAAUGUUUAUUUAUGUAUUUGAAGGCUUUUCAUCUUUGCCACUGGUGACAAUAAGUUGAGCAGGUAUUGGCCAUUUAUUGGCUCCUUACUCUACUAAAAUAACCAACAAAGAACAAUGAUGAAAGCAACAUAUCUGAUUUUUCAUAUGUAUUCCUUCCCCCGAUGGCUUGUAACAUUCCCUUACUCUUGAUUUAAUGUUAAUUUGAUUGAUAGAAUAAACCCUAAUUCUGACAAAAAUA